AUGAAUAAUCAAGACAAGGGAGGAGGAGGUACGGGAGGAGAGGGAGGCGGAGGGCAGGCGGAGGACAAGCAGAAAGCUGAGGGUGUUGGUGAUGAAGACAAGCACACGAAGGACAAGAACAACAAGCUGGAGAAGGAGAGCAGCGAGAAGGAGCCGGGCAAAGAGGGCAAGAAGGACCGCCGCCGCUUACAGCUGAGGAAUGGCUGGGCUCUGACGGAGCGCCUGGCUAUCAACGUGUCAGGGAUGCGCUAUGAGACGCAGCUCCGCACCCUGGCGCAGUUCCCUGACACUCUCCUGGGCGACCCAGAACGUCGCCUCAGAUACUUCGACCCCCUGCGGAACGAAGUCUUCCUGGACAGAAGCAGAAUCUGCUUCGACGCCAUCCUGUACUUCUACCAGUCAGGCGGUAGACUCAGGCGGCCUGCAAACGUCCCUCUGGACAUGUUCCUGGGGGAGCUGCGCUUCUACGAGCUCGGAGAGGAGAUCAUCGACCGCUACAAAGAGGAUGAAGGCUUCCCCAAGGAGGAGGAGAGGCCCUUACCCACUAAUGACUUGCAGCGCCGCCUCUGGAUGCUGUUUGAGUACCCGGAGUCGUCCGGCGGGGCUCGAAUCAUCGCCAUCAUCAGCGUCAUGGUCAUUGUGAUCUCAAUCCUCAUCUUCUGCUUGGAGACGCUGCCCGAGUUCAGGAAUGAGAAGGAGCUGAGGGAGCAAUUCACCUCCGUACCUCACCCCACCAACCCCAAUGAAACCAUCCUGGUCCCUCCUGUUUUCAACCCCUUCCAGGACCCCUUCUUCAUCGUGGAGACAAUCUGCAUCUGCUGGUUCUCCUUUGAACUUGUGGUGCGUUUAGCCUGCGCUCCCAGCAAAGUGCAUUUCUUCAAAGACGUCAUGAACACCAUUGACUUCUUCGCCAUCAUUCCCUACUUUGUCACAUUGGGCACAGAGCUGGCCAAGGACAAAGGCUCCCAGCCGUCUGUGUCCCUGGCCCUCAUUAGAGUCAUCAGACUGGUGAGGGUCUUCAGGAUCUUCAAGCUCUCUCGUCACUCAAAGGGCCUACAGAUCCUGGGCCAGACGCUCAAGGCCAGCCUCAGGGAGCUCGCCUUGCUCAUCUUCUUCCUCUUCAUUGGAGUUAUUCUCUUCUCUAGCGCCGCCUACUUCGCCGAAGUGGACAGUCCGGACACGGCGUUCACCAGCAUCCCUGAGGCCUUCUGGUGGGCUGUGGUAUCAAUGACGACAGUCGGCUACGGGGACAUGUAUCCAGAGACAGUCGGGGGGAAGCUGGUGGGCUCCAUGUGCGCCAUCGCCGGCGUGCUCACCAUCUCCCUGCCAGUGCCCGUCAUUGUUUCAAACUUCAGCUACUUCUACCACAGAGAGACGGAGUGUGAGGACACCAGCCAGUACCAACACGUCUCCACAUCCAUGUGGGAAGAUGACGGGGAGGACGACGGGGAGGAGGACGACGGAGAUGAAGAGGGAGUUGAAAAAGUGCCUGAGAACAUGGGAGAUUACGCUCCCUUGUACGGGCUGAACAGCACAGGUACCUGUGCACCGCUCAACGGGACUCUCCUGACGGGACUGUGUGCCGGUCAGACCCCAGGUGAUCCGAGGGGCAUUAACUUCUACCUCAGAGAGCCUCUGGUCACUCAGGUGUGA